AUAGCAAAGCAAUCCCCUUUCUCUUUCUAUGGCAGCGGCGGCGGCCGGCGGCGAGGCGAUGAGGGCGGUCACCGACGCCAUCGUCUCCUCCAAGCCGUGCUCGCUCCUCAAGGCCAAGGUCAUCCUCGACGGAUUCCACAAGAGCUCCGCAUCCAACCUCCCCUCCUCCGACGCAGGCACAUACCUCCGCACCGCCGCCGACGCAGUCGACGAGCUCUGCGAGUUCCGCCGCGACCUACUCAGGGCCCACCAUCAGCACCAGCACAAGCACCAGCACCAGCACGAGGUCAAGGUGGAUGUGGAGGAGGAUCUUGUUCACAGUGAGAGGAAGCGGAGGAACAAGGAGGAGGAGAAAGAUGUCCCUUUGAUCCAAGAGAAAGAGGAGGAGGAGGAUAAGAAACAACAAGGGGCGGCGGUGGUGUCCAAAGUAGGGAUCAGUUUGGUUCCCAGGAAGAAGAAGAAGAAGGAGGAGAAGAAAGACAUCGUCAUCAUCAAGCAGGAGGCAGAGGAGGAGGAGGAGCCGGAGCAGCACAAGAAGAAGCGGAAGCAAGACUUGGUCGAGGUGAAGAAAGAACAAGUUGAUUUCGUCGAUGCCGAUUUGGGGAGCGACAAGAAGAAGAAGAAGAAGAAGAAGAAGAAGAAGAAGAAGAAGAAGAAGAAGAAAAACAAGAGGAGCAGAGAUGGCGAUGAUGAUGCAGAAGCAGAGGUGGUGGAGCAUACCAAGAAGAAGCAGCGCAAGUAGUAAUACUGUCUAUUGGAGGUUAGGCUUUAGAAGUUGCAAAUGUGUCAUGAGGAGGAUAUUUUCAA